CGGCGGAAGGGGAGGGGCCCGUCGGUCACGUGGGCGGCAGCAUGGCGGCGCCGAAGCUCCGCGUGAACGCGGCCUUCGCCGAGCGGCUGAAGAGGAGCCGGGAACGGGAAGAGCUGAGGAGACUGCAGGAGCGUUAUGGGGACCCUGGAUCCGGCUCCAGCUCCAGCUCCGACUCCAGUGGGGAUGAAGUGCCCGAGGAUCCCGUCCGGGAACGGGAAUUCUACCGGAUGUUGUCCCUGCUCAAGACUCGGGAUCCGCGGCUCUAUCAUCCGGAUGCCACCUUCUACACCCCCAGAGAUUCCUCAUCGGAAGAGGAGGAGGAUGAGGAGGAUGAGGAAGAGUCCGGGUCAAAACCCAUGUUCCUGAAGGACUAUGAGAGGAAAGUGAUGCUGGAGAAAGAGGGCAAAUACGUGGAUGAAGAGGAUGAGGAGGAUGAGGAGGCAACAGCAGAGAGGAGGAAGCGAAUGGCUUCCAAGAGCUACAUGGAGGAGCAGCAGGAGCUGAAGGAAAGCUUCCAACCCUUCAUGGCUGAGAGUGAGGAUGAGGAUGAGGAUGGGGGGGGCUCUGCUCUGCUUCGGCCUCGUGCUCAGACAGAGGAGGAGAAGGAGCAGCAGGAGGAGGAGUACAUCCGGUGGCUGAAGGGGCAGGGGGGGCCCCCCCCGGAGCCACUGCAGGAGCUGGUCCCCCUCCAGCGCUUCUGGACGGACCCGGAGCUGGAGCCAGGCGAGCGCUUCCUGCGGGAUUAUAUCCUGGAGAGAGGAUACAGGGACAGGGAGGAGGAGGAGGAGGAAGGGUCCCCCCCCCAGUCGGACUCCUCAGAUGAGGGUCAGCUCUUCCUGGCCAAGCAGGAGCAGUUUGAGCGAUCCCAUAACUUCCGCUUCCAGGAGCCGGGAGCACAGCAGGUGCAGACGUUCCCAAGGAGCAUCCCCACAUCCGUGCGGCGUCCGGAUGAGAGGAGGAAGGAGAAGAGGGAACAGACCCGGGAGAGGAAGAGGAAGGCUCAGCAGCGGCGCCGGCAGGAGCUGCAGCAGCUCAAGAACCUCAGACGAGCUGAGCUCUGUGCUCGGCUCCAGCAGCUCCAUCGCGCGUCCGGAGCCGGCGCAGGCAUCACUGCAGACACCCUGAGAGGGGACUUCGACCCCGAGCAGCACGACCGGAUCAUGGCGGAAUGCUUCGGGGAUCAUUACUAUGGGCAGGAGGAGGAGGAGAAGCCACAGUUUGAGGCUGAAGAAGGGCUGGAGGAUGACUGGAACUGGGACACGUGGACGGGUCCGGCCGAGGGGGGGGCAGAGCAGGAGCCUCAUUGUGAGGACCCCGACUUUGUGAUGGAUGCUGAUUACACCCCCGCGCCCCCCCCCCCGCGCUUCCGGGAUGCUCUGGAGAGGCACAAACCCCCCUUUGACCCCGCCUCCAGCAGCCUGGGGCAGUACCUGGAUGAGUUCUAUGGGCUGGACCAUGAGGAUGUGAUCGGGGGGGACCUGCCCUGUCGCUUCCGGUACCGCCGGGUCCUGCCCUGCGACUUCGGCCUCACCACUGAGGAGAUCCUGGCAGCAGAUGACAAGGAGCUGAACCGUUGGUGCUCCCUGCGCAAGACCUGCAUGUACCGCUCAGAGCAGGAGGAGAGGCAGGAUCAGGCCAACUACAGGCGCCGGGCACAGGACACCAGGAAGAAGCAGCAGAUCCUCAAGUCCCUCUUCACCAAGUCCCCAGCACCGGAUCCGGCUCCGGAGCCUCAGCCUCAGCCCAAGCGGCGCCGGAGCCGCCGGAGCCGCCGCAGCUCAGCCCCGUUGGGCUCCCGCGUGCGCCUGGGGGGUCAGGAGUUCACCGGCAGCCGCUUGGCUGCCUUCGGCCUCAGCGCUCGGCGCAUCCGGUACCGGCAGCGCCGCAAGGGGGGGGGCAAUAAAUGACCU